UUGGACGGCGUCAUGGACGGCGUUAAACGUCACGAUUCCACAUGCAUGCACUUUUCCGCCCCUGUCACCCUUUCUAUCAAAUCGUCUGCUAUACCUUUGAAUGAAUUGCAGAAAGUCUGCGGCCACGAUAACGAUUGGUGAUAGGAGGACGCGUCACCAGUCAUGUGCAUGGAGCUCGCCUGUGCACAUGGACCAUUCAUCCACGUAGUGCCUGGAACCGCAAGGAGCUGCACAAUUUUGAAUGCUUGCGAAGACUGCAUGCAACUGUGAAAGAAGUACUGCUGCGCGGAGAUCUACUGCAUCAUGGUGGAAGUGUUGAGUCGUCUUUCCCGCACGACGCGAACGUCGCAACUGGAGCCUACUGUCGUCGGCGGUCGGUCCAGCUACGUUUGAUCGACGGACCACUUUGCUUCCUUCAUUUCUAGGCUGUAUUUACUGGUGCCACUUCCUGAACCAAGGGGUUGAGGGAAAGUGAAGCACGCAGUGAAGUGCAGUUUCACCUUUGAAGCAUGGGGGACCAAGUGGUUGCUAGCUCUGGGGGCCCCAUGCCACGAACCCACCUGCUGCCUCUUCGGGUUCGAAUAGCCUACAGUGUUGGCCAUGUGCUCAAUGACCUAUGCGCCUCCAUGUGGUUCACCUAUCUGCUGGUGUACCUGACGUUCGUGCGACAGCUGCGUCCAACGCUGGCUGGUGCACUACUGCUGGUUGGCCAGGUGGCGGAUGCUGUGGCCACCCCAUUUGUUGGCAUCGAGUCGGAUAGAGAUGAUGACUUCUGGCUCUGUCAUUAUGGCCGCCGGAAAACGUGGCAUCUUAUAGGCACGCUGUGUGUGGUUGGAAGCUUCCCGUUCCUGUUCUCGAAGCCCUUGGGCAGCCACCCGAGCAGCCAGGAGGCAGAGUUUGUUUACUAUGCAGCCUUCAUCAUCAUCUUCCAGUUUGGCUGGGCAUCCACCCAAAUCUCCCACCUGUCUCUCAUCCCAGACAUCACGCCCAUCCCUCAUGAGAGGGUCGAGCUCAAUGCGAUGCGCUACGCUUGGACAGUGGCGAGCAACAUAAUUGUGUACACAGUUACCUGGGCAGCCCUGGGCAUAUCAGGUGCAGACCACGAAGCACAAGUGGGGCCUCCCGAUGGCUACGUUUUCCGAGAUAUUGUCCUCAUAGUGGUUGCCAUUGGGGCCUUCUUCUCACUCAUCUUCCAUUUGGUUGUUCGUGAUCCAUCGCGAGGCGGACGCCGAGAAAGCCGCUCUCGUCAUACGGACGAGUACAUCCGGUCAUUGGUGCUUGACCGCUCCCACCACUUUGUGUGGAAAGACUGGUUCAGGGAGAAAGGCUUUUACCUGGUUGCCCUCCUGUACAUGUUCACUCGUCUAUAUGUCAACCUGAAUCAGGUGUACAUCUCCAUCUACAUUCAGGACACACUUUUGCUACGAAGGGAAAGCAUAGCAAUCAUUCCGCUUGUCAUGUAUGUGAGUGGCCUAGUGUCAUCGCUGCCCAUAAAGCUUGCAGCAAAGCACAUAGGAACAAAGAAUAUGCACCUUCUUGGCGGUGCACUGGGUAUCAGUGGUUCCUUGUGGAUCCUUUUUGGCCAGGCAUUGCCUACAUACAGAGAUUACCAGAUAUAUGGUGUUGCCGCCGUUGUGGGUGCUGCGAGCACGACCAUGCUGCUUGCCAGUCUUGCCAUCACAAAUGAACUCAUUGGCGGUCACACGACAAGUGGUGCAUUUGUCUUUGGAGCUAUGAGCUUCAUGGACAAGAUGGCCAAUGGCAUCGCUGUGAUCAUUAUCCAGGAUAUACACAAAUGCAAUUCAUGCAUUGGUGUGCGAGACAACUACUACCAGAAUGUAAUGGUGUACAUCUGCGGUGGAGCUGCCGUGGGUGGAAUCCUCUUUGCUCUUUCGCUAUUCGUAGUCAACCAUGACAGCUCAAUAAACACCAGCAAUGGUGGUGAAGGUGGUGGGGUGUCAACGAACACUCGGCCGGGUGACGUCAUUGACGUUCGGUCUUCUAGUCCAGCGGAGUAUGAAGAGAGCAUUGGCAACUUCUUGCCCACAUCGCCACUUUUAGGAUCAAAUUCAAGUGCAUAGGUCCAGUGAGUGUGUGACUUACGCCGUGCACAUGUGACGUUUGCUCAUCCAAGGAGGCACGUGUGUGCGUGUGGAGCAUUCCUACAAGCGCAUUCCUAGAGACACUUUACUCAUUGUCUUCCGUCACUGCGCUUCAAGGACAUCUGUUGUGCGCAAAGGGUUGUAAACCCAAGAUAGAAUAUGAUAGAGCCAAGAAAUGGGGUUUUAACAGGGUUACUGAAAAAAAAGCAUGAAGCUGCUUGUAUUGCCACUUCAUUUCUCUCCUUUCUUUAUUUUUCCAGGCUGGUUUCAAUUCAUGACAACACAUGUUCAACCAGUUGGGUUUUCAAAGGGUUGCAGUUGUGUUUCGGUACAACUGCACACAUUAUGCAUGUCACUUUAUUCUAUGUAUAAAUUUCUUAUGUUUCUCUGCAUUCAUGAAGAAAAAAGUUACUCUAUUUUUAUUUUUGCUGCAGUACAUUUGUUAAUUUUUUUUGCUUUUCUUACCCCUCUAUUUCACUUCUUAAAAAUCUGUUGUCAUGGAGGACUUCGGCAUCUUUAAUGCCUUCAUUUAUUACGUUUGAUAGGCUUAUUAACUUCAAUGCCUACGUUCAAAGCAGCAAGCAUACCUCGGUGUCUGUGCAAUUUCUUUAGGUAGAGUUACAUAGUAAUAUAAGUGUUUAAUGAACCUUCAUUGUUUUUUUAUUGCAAGAAACAAAAAUAGCAGUGAGCUUUAUCUGUUGCCGUUACUUUAGCUUUUGUGUGUACUGUCACCCGCCUAUUUGUUCGCGAAAAUGAAACUAAAUACAUGUUUUGCUGAUGUUAAAAUGGGUUCUUCUUGUGAUGGUCAUCAUCAACAUGACUUCUGCUUCAGGUCAUAUUUUCAUCGUUCAGUCUAUAUAAUUUUCUCUCACCAACUGUUGCCAAGCAAAAGAAAAAAAGAAAAAGGAAAAGCACAAAUGCUUCUUCCCACUGUAAAUUUUUUUCUUGUAUUCUGCUAAAGUAAUAUUUGGAACCUGCUUGAAUACUUAAAGUAUUCUCCUCAGUCCACUAAAAGUCUGCCAAUAGUAUUGGAUGGCUAUUUUACAUAGUGACAGCGUCAACUGAUGACAAUGCUGCAAAUCUUAAAAGUCAUGUAACACAUAAAUUUCUAUUACAUGAUACUUUUUUACAUUGGCAGAGAGGCACUUAUUUAUUGCCUUUUCAAAAAUGCACAUUUUAUGAAGAGAAAUAUGCCGUAAGGGUUGCGUGAACAAACACUUAGUCAUAAUGUCUAUGUUGUCAGAAAUGCCUGCUGCAAAUUAGUGCUUUCAGCUAUGGGUGUGUGAAUACUCGAAUAUCACCGAAUUGAAUUGAAUAGUGAAUGUUCGAAUAAUUUGGUUUGUGACUAGACUGUCAACUAUUUGAUUUUUCGAUAUAUUCUAUUUGGGUACUCAUGUCGUGCCAUAUGUCAUUUGUGUCACGGUGCCCCUCAUGCUCGGUGCCGCCCAAGCGAGAGUUUUUUUUGGGAGCAAAAAUUUGGAGGACGCUUAAGCUUCACCUUUAAGAGUGGAACGCGAUAGCAUUAAAAGAUCCCUGACUGCUUUUCAUGCUUCCCAGCAGCGUAUGUGACUGUAAUAUUUACCGGGAAACGCUCGUGGCGAACGCUAUGCACAAAGGUGGGCUUUCUGCCAGAAACGCGGCUUCUUGCAUGGGCCGUGAUGCGGCGGAGACGAGUGCCAUCUGGAAGUGUUCCAAGGAAGCGGGUGCGCUGCUCUGUGGACUCCGAGAUAUGUACGUGCUGGUGUGCACAAAUAGUGAAUGCCGUCUCUGGUUUAUGCGUUGUAGAAUCGCUAGAAAAGGGGUUUGUUUGAGUUUUUGCAGAACAGAAUUAUGUUUUCUCGUAUAUUCAAAUUACAAUCCGAGAGCUAUCAUGUCUGUAGGCUGUGUGUAAGUCGUAGUUUACGAUUUUUCCACGUAUUUCAGCUUGAGAAAUUAAUUUAGUUCAGUCAAUUCCUUGCAUCAUAUGGAAGGCCUCGGUGUAUGGGGUUCAAAAAUCUUUUUGCUGAAACAGCGUUAGAAGCUGGAUACCGAUGCGGGAUGCCAACGCCGGAUUGCCAAACGCGCCAUAGAUGGGCCGUCCCGGCUAAGACUGUAGCGUAGCUUGUCACUGCGAGCACUCCCCUAUGUUGGCACAUCACACAGCGCCCGAACGCUGCGAUUCACAGAACAGCGUUGCGUCGGCCGGGUCCACCUCUGUCUAAGCGGACGAUGCUUGCUCUUCACCGACGGUGCCAGCUACGCGCUUGAUUGUGUUCAACAGAAAUUCUAUUAACAUGAUAGCAUUAAGGAGCCCUUGUCACAGAAAAUCCGGCGUCCCGCAUCUGGUGUUGGACGUUGUCUCAGGCAAAAAGAAUUUCGGAUCAAAUUCUAAACCACACAUACCCAACCACUUCUCUACCAGCAAAGUUGCUCAUACCUUGUCUUUCAUCCUUUACAUCCUUGGAAUUUUGAGAAUGGCAGCCCACAAACAAGUGUUCUGGAAAAAAACAUCGACAGCGCAUGUCCUUAUGUUAGCUCUUCUCAGACUGAAAUAUUAAAAGCGUGAAACAAUAACAGGAGAUUGACCCACGCAAAAGGCCGUGUUUCUACCAGAAAGCUCGCCUUCAUGCAUAGUGUUUGCAGCCAGCGUUUCCCGGUAAACGUUAUGGUUACAUAAGCUGCAGUUGCCGGGAAGCAAGAAAAGCAGUAAGGGUCUUUGAACGCUAUCACAUUCCACUUGUAAAGGCAAAGCUUAAGCGUCCUCCGAAUUUUUGAUAAAGCAUUUUUUCCCCAGACCUUCAUAUACUAGAACUUCGCUGUAAACAGUGCUGGCAGACUGAUUUGGUGUCCCCUUUAGUAAAAGUAGACCAUACUGGAUAUCUUGAUUUCUAUGUACCGAAGUUACUGAUCGCUUGCUACAUUCCUGUUAGGAACUGCUAGGAGAUUACCUUACCGAGCGUGUGCAACACUGUCUUUUCUUGCCCAAAAUUUGAAAGUAUUAAAUGUUUGUGAAAAAUUUUCUGUUAUUUGAUCCACUGUUUGGAUUUUUUUCUUGAUUCAGUUUGAUUUGAAAUCUGCCGUUCGGUAUUUGCACGCCCCUGCUUCCGCCUUUUUUGCAAAGAUUACACAUUCAAAUUCCGCGAAAUAUUUUUCUGAAUCUGCUAAUAAGAUGUCGAGGUGUAAAUGUGGUAAAAGUCUAUUGUCCAGUUGAAGCACAUAUUUCCUACUAAAACCAGACUGAAUAUUUUAGGCACAGCAGAAAAUAUGCCAAAAAGGCAAUGAUGGUGGCUGCCACAUGGCUGUCAGCCUCUAGUUUAUGUAAUACACAAAUGCAGUCUGUUGGCAGUUGUGCUUAUUGACUCGCAAAAUCAUAUUUGAAGACACCACCAGCACUUCAUCUUACAUCUACAUAUUGGCAGAAAUGGGCCCUUCUCAUGGCAAUCCAUCUUUUUUAUCAUCAUGGCCAGACGCGCUGCUUAAGGCAUAACAAAGGACAGGUUAGAGGCUUUUUUUCUACAGGAGGUUUUUUUCUUCUCUAUUUCACCUGAUAAAACAUGCAUCAAGCAAUGUUCGGCACUCAAGCAACGUGCGGGUGACCUCCUGUCAAGACAUAAUCUAGAUAGGAUUGUCUCUAACGUCAAGAAAGCAAAAUCGCUCAUCUUAGAACUGUUUUUCUCGGCGAAGACUCGUAAGCGAGAGACUCCUUUUCGUGCUAUAGUGUCAGAGAAAGGGACAUGGCAGGUUUGUGUGGCUAGUUACCUACAGAACUGCUUAGCUUCACUAGUUUUUUCUGACCCUUUUUGCUGGCGUAACUCUCGGGCACUACUUCAGUUUUUGACAGCCGAAAAUCCUGGUGAUUGUACAGCUUUUAGUAUGGAUAUCGAAGACCUGUAUUACUCCUUGCAGCAUGACAGGUUGUUAAAUUCUGUAAAUGAGUGCAUUAAAGAACAAGUACAAGAGUCGGCAUUUAUAGACAGAUGCGGUGUUUCCACGGGUGCUUUUCUUGAAAUUCUUUCAAUGCACUUAAAGUCUGCAUUGGUUCGGUGGAGAGGUGGUGCAUUUCUGCAGAAAUCAGGAAUUUGUAUUGGUUCAAAUAUUGCCCCUGUUCUUAGCUAUAUUGACAGCUGCUUAGAGAAGGCCUAGGCAAUUGUGUUGUUAAGGUUUUUCGUUACACUGAUGAUUACGUGAUUUUCUGCAAUAGGGACAAAUUUGAUUGCGUUGCUAUCUCAGUAAGUGAAAAAUUUAAACUUAAUGGAGGAGGAUUAAAGUUUACGGAGGAACUGCCUCAGAGACACAUGAUACAGUUUCUAGACAUUUCCUUGGUCUUAGAACAAAAUCACGUGUGUUAGCAGUACUCCCCUAGAUCUUCGAAGCCAUUGGUAAACUUUCAAUCCAAGCAUUCCAAAGUAGUGAAAAACGGAAUUGCCAUGUCGUGCCUUAAGUCUUCUCUCACCAGAUCCUGCAUGCACAAAAUGAGCGCCGGUUUUAAUGCGCAGGUCCGGCGCCUAUUAGAAGCAGGUUAUCCUUGUGUAGCAGUGGCCACUGUGGCUGAACGCCUAAAGAAGUUUAUUUCGAGGGGAACCGGUGUGAUUACAGAAAGCAGUAAUAGCAAGAAGAGAGUAGUGGCUAUUCCCUACAAUCAUUCAGUAUUGCACAGGCUCUAAAAAGUUGCAAGUAGAUAUGGUGUUAAUGUUGUUUUCACUGCUCCCAAUAAGCUAGGUAAGAUAUGCGCUGCCUUGUAGAGGAAAAAGGAGCAGGUGAAAGGCAAAAAACAACAGAUAUUUGUCCAGUGAAGCACAUCAAGAACAACAAUUUUACUGACUGUUGUAUGAGUGUGGUAUAUAAUGUUCCCUUUAGCUGUAGCCAUUUCUACGUAGGGCAAACGGGAUGGUGUAUCAAUCAGAGGCUAAUGGAACAUUAAGGGUCGUUAACUGGUGGAUCGCUUUCUAAUCUUUAAUUACAUUGCCAAGACUGUCAAGACUGUAACUGCACACAUGAAUUAGAUGAACGCACGAUAUUGUACAGGCAUAGGAAUGAAGAUAGGCAUAUUAUGGUUGAGGCAUGGCAUAUCAAUAAAGGUGGAAGUGCGUGCUCGAGUCAGCCUUCGAUUACCUUACAUAGGAAGAGAUCAAUUGCUUUAACAGUUAUCUCUCACAUAAACCGGCAUGUGUACCCAAUUGACACGUGGUGCUACCAUUCCAGAGCAUGCGCAGAUGAGUUUUGUGUCUUCUUUCUUUUUUCUCCUCAGUGCUCCCUUCAGUUGAUAGUCAGCAUUCAUGUUGUCCACUUCUCUUGUGUCCAUGUCUGCACGCCUUACCCCUUUUUUGCAUUAUGAAUCCUUACCAACUAGCUCAGCUUUCUGUCGUUCUUAAAAAAACAUGCAUACAGUACACUUGGCAAGUAAUAUUGUGGGCUCUGGUAUUCAGGAUUCUUUUUUAGUCCGAAUUCAUCCUUCGCAAGCUUGAUUUUAAACUAAACGUAAUCUCUUAGCAAUGUGAACGUUAGCCUUGUCUGCACAACUGCAAGCCAUGACAUGCUUUUUCAUGUCACGUCCUGAAGUGCCUGCGAGAACUGUGCAAUAUGUGCUUGGUUUAUGUGUGGCAAACUCAUGAAACAGGUCUUUAUUUACCAUACUACCUGCCUUUCUUUUUUGAUUAAUGAUGUCUAAGUUAUCCAGACAUUCAAUCCAUAUUUUAGCUCUCUAUUUAUGGAAUUAGUGUGCUAGAUAUGAAACUAGUUCUUUUACCGACAGCAAAUGAGAUUAUUGAGCCUCUUACUGCAUAAUGAUCCAGAAAAUGACAAGUACGAAGGUUGUUUUAUAAUUUUCCAGGCAUUAUGUGUUGCAUGCUUUUUUAUCCUGAGUUGUGUUGGUGGUCCUCAUUUUCCUGUUACAUUGUCCCAUAUUUUUUAUUUUUUUUUUCUAAAAGGGGCCUUUGAUUCUAUUUGCUGGCUUAUUUUCUCUUUAGGCACACCAUUGUUUAGGGUGCGAAGUAUCUUUACUGUUUCUAGCUGAGUAUGUGAUAAUCUCUGUAUAUUUAUAAAGUGUACUUAUAUGAAUAGUAUAUAUGUUGAUAUGUAUAUGUACAUAUAUAUACAUAUUAUUUACCCAAAAAUGUGAUUAAUAAAUGUAAGUGCUGCUCA